AUGGGCUUCCCAAGCGGUCAACCAAGAGCGGAUCCCAGCUCCGCGCCAGCUCAGUCUCGGGAUAAGCCAUUGGCCUCGCCCAGGAUCGCGGUUGUCUUGAGGGCGCCCGCCGUAUCGAACCAGUGGGAGGACGCCGACGAGCUCGGCAGUGACGCGCUGGUCAACUCGGAUCUUUCUUCCCAGUAUCGGAGGAAACUUGAGGAGGCGCGUGUUGGAAACGCGCCGCCGCGGCUACUGGCCAAGGCAAAGCAGUCCAAGGCUGCGCCUCCUCCACCCGUCAUGGAGGGCGCAAAGCCCAAGUCGACCCGGAUGGGCCGGCCAAAGGGCUGGCGUCCGGGCAUGUCCUACGCGGAUAUCCGAAAGUUUGGGCCCGAGGUGGCCGCCGCCAAUGCUAGCCUAGGCCCAAAGGCGCCCGCGCGGCUCCAGCAGCAGGCCCGGCGCGCAGGGAGGCCCAAGGGAACGGGGACGGGGACGGGACAGGUCACCUCGAGCGGCGGGGUGCCCAAAAGCGCGCGGCCCCCCGCGGCCGCCUUCGCCGACCCCUCGGAGCAUCUACAACGCGCUCAGGCCCCGAUUGUCCAUUGCGGCGGACACCUCUCCGCGACGACGUGCCGAUGGGGCCAGUGCGCGAGGAGUGUGUCUCCGCCACGCUUCGCGACGAGGAACGCGCUGCUGGCGCACGUCGAGAUGCGGCACAUUACGCCAUUCGCGUGGCAUGUCGGCGACGGGCCCAAGGUCAGCCUUCCGGGCGUCAGGCCGAGCGGCGGCGGCGGCGGCGGCGACGACGACGAGACGCUGCCCGAUUUCCUCUUCGACAGCCGGGGCAUCCAGGUGACGCCCUCCGUUCGAGACCAGCAGAUUGAGGACUUUGCGACGUGGAAGGAGAGGCGGCGGCAGCUCAAGCAGCUGCUGCAGAGGAUCAACGAUGCGCUGCCGGACGAGGAAUCGUCGAGCGGCUCGGACAACGACAAGGUGUUUGCCGAGAUUAUUGUGGGAGGCAGGAUCGGACACGAGUGGCGCUCCGGUCCGACUCUAUAG